AUGAAUCCGAACGUGAUUUGGCGCGAGGCCGAGCAGCGUUAUCCACAACUAUCGCAACACCAUGAAUGGCUCGUGGAGCAGUGGAGUCCGACGCCAGCCAGAAAGGGAACCAGAUGUUCAAUCUGCCAGUGCUCGGUCUUCGGAAUCAACCUGAAGGCGCACUCAAAAAAGGAUUGUUGCUUCCAGCACGACCCGCUCUCUUUCUGGACUAUCCUAACCCAACAAACCUGUGUCCAAUGCGGAGGUCGGUCGGAUCACCACGAGGAGUGCCGAGGGGUCUCACCUUGUAUCCACUGCGCGAAACGGUGGGGAGUUCGACGCGAGCACCGCAGAUGGACAGGACUCUGCGAGAUCAAUCCGAGUGAAGAAGAAGACGUGGUAAAGAAGAUCAGACUCAGAGCAUACGGAUACGUCCGAGCUCUGGCCGAUCAAGGAGAGAUCCAGGAACGACUUCCGAAUGACUCACCACCAUCGUGGCCGCCGAGCGGUUACAAUGCCUUCCUGCCUCCGACAAGGAAAGAGUUGAACGACUUCAUUUCGGAAGGACACGAGCUGUUCGACGGAGAGUUAGAGUGGUCGACGACGGGAGAAGGCGACGACGAGCAGAGGAUGGAGGACGUCGAGGAUGUCGACAUGGCAGGGCUCGACCGGUUGUUCGAGCGUGAAGGUUUCGAAUUCCACCUGAUCGAACCAGCCACGCCCGAACCUUCCGCCGCUCCAGAGCCUUCGGAUGCCGCCGAACCAGCAAUCAUCUAA